CAGAUAGUGACCGCCGCCGACCGCUGCCGGGGCUUGCUAUGAAGCGCAAACUUUGCUCCGGUCCCUCGUUUAACUUCUCAUGCGAAGACGACAUGGAGGAGCUGAAUGUGGCAGCUCUCUCCCGCCGCAAGGAGUCGGCGGCGCCGCUGACGGGGGACAAGGACGGCGCCAUAUUCGGCUUCUCAUACCCUCUCGCUCUGGUGCUGCGCCUGCGAGUCCUACAGAUCGUAUGCGGAAUAUCAGCCAUGGUGAUGGGUAGCGUGGCGUUCAUAGAAGAGAGGCAAAAAUUCAACAUGGGUCUUGGUAUACCUGCUGGGGGGAUCAGCGUCUUAGCAGCUGCUGUGUCCAUCCACACAUCGCGGGCUUGGUCUGUGACAAGCGGAGCGACAGCGGGAGCGGGCGUGGCGAGCGUGCUGUGGGCGGGUGCGGCGUGUCUUCUCAUUGCACUGGUGGUGCAGUGCUGCAGGACGAUAAUGGGACCACCUGGGUUGGAACAUGGGGACGCAUACGACGAGGAAUCCCGCCCAUCCCCCCGUGACCUCGUCGUCAUAGCGUGCGUGCAAAUCGCUUUAGCUUGCGCAACGCUCCUGAGCGCGGCCGUGUGCGCACGGAUCGACUGCGCAUGACGCGAGCCCCCGCGCACACUCGCGCGCCGUCGCGUGUCCGCGCCCGCGGAUGCCGCGCCCACCCCUCCUAGGGAUAAGGGGGGAAGGGUAGCUUGGUUAAUAUAA